AGAUAUUUAAGCCGUACAAAUUGUAAUGUUCCAAAGAAAUGAAAUCAUGGUCCAAAGGCGAAAAUAUCUGGGAAGGGUAAAAGAAAAUGAAAAUAAAAUCAAACUGAUAUGACUUAAUGAGUCGUUGGCGUGGAAAAGCGUAAGCAUAUCUACGGUGUACACAAUGAGUUCACCGCAUAUCCAAGCCACAAACUACUUGCCGCUACAAGCUUUGGAAUCAUGCUCAACCAUGGCUGAGUUGAAGCAAUUUCACUCCCAAAUCAUCAAACUCGGACUCUCAACUGAUAAUUAUGUCAUCGGCAGGGUUGUUAAGUUUUGUUCUGUCUCAAAAAAGGACAGUUUGAUAUAUGCCCUCAAAGUUUUUGACACAAUUCCCAAGCCAGAUGCAUUUAUUUAUAAUACUAUAAUGAGAGGUUACUUGCAACGCAACUUGCCCAGACCUUGCAUUCUUCUGUACUCUGAAAUGUUGCAAGAUUUUGUUUUGCCGAAUAAUUUCACUUUCCCUUGUGUUUUGGGAGCCUGUUGUGACGGUUAUGCUAUUGAAGAAGGGAGACAAAUCCAUGCCCAUACUUUAAAGUUAGGAUUUGGUUUAGAUGGGUUCACUCAAAACAGUUUGAUACAUAUGUAUAUGAAUUUUAAAUCUUUGAAGGAAGCUAAGAAGGUCUUUGACAAGAUGUUAAAGAGGGAUGUUGUUUCUUGGACAAGUUUGAUAAGUGGUUAUGCUAAGUGGGGCUUUGUUGAUGAGGCAUUAAAAGUUUUUGAGUUGAUGCCUGCACGGAGGAAUUCUAUUGUUUGGAAUGCUAUGAUUGCUGCUUACGUCCAGAGCAAUCGGUUUCAUGAAGCGCUUGCUUUGUUUCAGAGGAUGAAAGAGGAAGAUGUGGUUUUGGAUAAGUAUAUCUUAGCUAGUAUGUUAUCAGCCUGUACAGGGUUAGGGUCGUUGGAACAGGGAAAAUGGAUACAUUGUUACAUUGACAAGCAUGGGAUUGAAUUGGACUCGAAACUUGCUACUUCGAUAAUUGACAUGUAUUGCAAAUGUGGGUACCUGGAGAAGGCUUUUCAUGUUUUUAACGGGUUAGAUAGUAGAGGAAUUUCUUCAUGGAAUUGUAUGAUUGGAGGGCUAGCAAUGCAUGGAAAAGGAAAGGCUGCCAUUGAACUUUUUAAGGAGAUGGAAAGUGAGAUGGUUCCUCCUGAUAAUAUUACAUUUGUCAAUCUCCUUACUGCUUGUGCUCAUUCGUGUUUGAUUGAAAAGGGGCGCCAUUAUUUUCAAUACAUGACUAAAGCUCAUGGAAUUGAACCCAAAAUUGAACAUUAUGGAUGCAUGGUUGAUUUACUUGGAAGAGCUGGAAUGUUAGAGGAAGCAACAAAGUUUAUUGAUGAGAUGCCCAUGAGUCCAAAUGAAAGUGUAUUGGGAGCUCUUCUUGGAGCUUGUAGAAUUCACAAAAACAGCGAGUUGGGAGAGAAAAUAGGGAAGAGAUUAAUCGAUCUAGAACCUGACAAUAGUGGGCGAUAUGUGUUGCUAUCCAAUAUUUAUGCCAACACUGGCAGAUGGGAAGAUGUUGCUAAUGUGAGAAAAUUGAUGGAUGAAAGAGGAGUGAAGAAAACUCCAGGAUUUUCUAUCAUUGAAUUAGAAGGUAUUGUAAAUGAAUUUACCGCUGGAGGAAGGGCUCAUCCUGAAGCUAAAGAAAUAUACGCCAAAGUUGAUGAGAUGUUAAAAUAUAUAAGAUUAUUUGGCUAUGUGCCUGAAACUGAAGGAGUGUUACAUGAGGCUGAACAGGAGGAAAGUGAGAACCCCUUAAAUUACCAUAGCGAGAAACUUGCAAUGGCCUUGGGGCUAUUGAAAACUAGACCGGGAGAAACUCUUAGAAUCUUGAAGAACUUGAGGGUCUGUAAAGAUUGUCACCAAGCGAGUAAGCUUAUCUCAAAGGCCUAUAAUCGUGAGAUCAUUGUAAGAGAUGGGAACAGGUUUCACCAUUUUAAAAUGGGUGAGUGUUCUUGUGCAGAUUAUUGGUGAUCCAUUGUAAGGAUCUUGUUUAUAUUUUAAAUGUCAACGCAUUUUACAAAUGUUUGUAAGACUCAUCCAUCAUAUUUGGUAAUUAGUUUGCUUGUAAAGUGGCAGCCUGUUUUGGACA